GUUUUGCAAUUCCCAGACAUUUGCGCUGGCUUAAGGUGUCGUGUUCCAGUUCACAAGUCUACUACUGUCUAGCGAAGUCCGCCCGACUGCACUACGACCUUAGUUUGUGACGUCUUAUUUGUAAGAAUAUAUAUAUCAAAACAGCUGCUUACACCUGAUUCGGAGGCUUAAUGUACGUGUUAGCAUCUGCAGCAACGUGGGAGGCAUAGAGUCGCUAAUGAAGGCGGCUUCUGAACAAUUUCGGGCUUGUAUGGAUCAAAAUAAUGGAGGACUACGAGUACAUCUCCACCGUUGGAGAGGGUGGAUAUGGCCAAGUGUGGCGCUGCCGGGAGAAAUGCUCCGGGAGAGUCGUAGCCAUCAAAGGCUUCAAGCAGGCGCACGAGGAUAAGGAUGUCAUGAGGCUAGCUGUUCGAGAGGCAAAGCUGCUAUUCUCCGUUGACCACCCGAACAUUGUAAAGCUGUUGGCUGCCUUCAAGUCCACAAGCGGCCGAGUCUAUAUGGUGUUCGAGUACGCCGAAUCCAGCAUACGGGCCGAGCUCAAGCGCUUUCCCCAGGGCCUGCCGUCCCGCAAGCUCAAGCUGCUGACAUGGCAACUACUGCACGCGGCAGCCUACCUGCACGACAGCAAGAUCAUGCACCGUGACAUCAAGCCCGCAAACAUCUUGUUAGAUGGCAACGGCAUUGUAAAGCUCUGCGACUUUGGAUUCGCUCGGAAUAUUAACUGCGGCCCAAGGGAUGUUCAUCGCUGCACCUCCUACAUAGUCACCCGUUGGUACAGGGCACCAGAGAUCCUUGUGAAUGAUUACUAUGGCCCAAGCUCAGACGUUUGGAGCAUCGGCUGCACGAUCGCCGAGAUGGCAACCGGCCGGGUGCUCUUUCCAGGCGAGUCCACGGCUGACCAGCUCUGGCUCAUCAUGCGCUGCCUGGGCCCACUGCCCUGGCAGCAGGCGGCUCGCAUGGCUGACGACCCCGAGCUCUGCGUGCUGUCAGCACCGCGGCUGCACAAGACCCUGCGUCAGCGCCUUCCCGAGCUGGAGUCGCAGCUGUUCCAACUGGUGGAGGCGUGUCUGCGGCUGGACCCGCAGAAGCGACCCACGGUUCAGGAGCUGCUGCAGAUGCCGUAUUUUUGGGAUGUGGAACGCAGUAUGAAAGGAACGACACUUGAGUUAUACCUGUUAGGCGUUCAGGCGGGUAAGGACGGUAGCAAAAGCAACACUCAGCGCGGACCAGCAGCCGUCAAGCCAGCCACAGAGCACGUUUUGCGCCAGACCACGCAGUCAUUGGCUGCACCGGAGGAGCUGCAGCACCGAACAUCGGUAACAGGACAGCGCGGCCGUCCCAUUGUAAGGGCAAUAUCAGCUGCCGGCGCCCCUGACGUCAGCAGCAUGGCCGCUGCGUGCAACGCCGCACCCAUGAGCGUCGUAGUGCCCGAUGGAGGCACUUCCCAGGUCUUGCCGUUCUCCAUCCACAGCCACGGUUGCGUCCCUCCCCAAGCGCCUUAUGUGGACGAAAACGUCAGCACGUCGCCCGCGGUAUCUUCGGUUGGGCGUCUUGUGAGGGCUCCCAAGGCGCCUCACAGACAUGAUGCUGAAAGCGAGAACGCUGCAGCCGACGCCGACUCCACAUUGGCAACUGCAGAUGCAAACAGCGUCAUGCCUACCUCUCCGUUCGCAGAUCCCGUGUUGGCGCACGCUGUCUCCGUUAGCCAGACGUCACCCAUUGCCAUCAAAGGAAGGCAACACGAGCAAUCCCUGCCUAGCCGCCCGCCCAGUAGCGUCGUCAGUGAGGCAUGGGAGCACGUAGCCACCCCCACGGGUGCGCCCACCCUAAAGCAGAAGCCUGGAACCUUGCCGCCCCACGUGCGACCCACGGGUCAGCCAGCACUCCUCGCCUUGCAAAGGGACGUCAGCUGGACCACGGGCGCGACUGGCCGGCAGGAUAGCCGGCACAACCUGUUGCGGGCGAGCACUGUCACUGGCACAACCGGUACCACCAGCAAGGGUAAAGCAGAGGUCGAAGGCUUGGGACGUGGCCGUACGGACGGCCCCUCUUUUUUCUUCGGCGGAAAUGCUGGAAGCAAAUCCGCGUCUGGAGGCUUUCCUGCGGGCCGCAGCUUCAAAUCCACUGCCUCCCGACUCUUAAGCUUCUUCAGUGGUGGUCUCUCAAGCUCCGUUCCACACGCCGAAGGUUCAAGCGCGCGGCGCACGGCAGGCGACGGGGUGCCUCAUCAUCUCCUACCUGACAACGUCACAGCAGUCUCAGUACAGGCGUGUGCUGCUGCUGCCAGCACCGCCAUCAGCGGUAUGGCCACACGCGACCUGUGCAGAACGACCUCCCUACGUCCGCAACGCAGAAGUCGCUUGGGAUCAUCAACCGUUACCCCGUCCGCUGACGGAGUUGCCGCCGGUACCCUUCGUGCUGCUCGCUCGGAGUGUCAAACACACGUACUCAGCAACAACGGCUACGAAGUAAUCGAGCCCAGCGGCCUAUCACGCCUUGCAUGUGGGAGCAGACCCACUAGCAGACUUACCAACCCGGUUGCCUUCUCUACACCGGGAUUCGCAGCGCCAGAGUCAUUCCAGCAGCAGGAGGUUCUGCUGGCAAGUGGUUGGAGCAAGACUGGCGGCUGCACGGAUGAUGCCGUGCCCCAUGUUGCUGAUGAGGGCGGGAACAAAAUCGUCCGCGGCUUCGCCCGCCCAAUCAGCAUCGUCGCGGGCGGCAGCGCAGGCAACUUGGAACGCAGCACCCACGGAGCUGGACAGGAGCUCAACGUAUCGCAGUCCGUGUCCGUCCACAUGUCCAGGCUCCUGAACCCGGCACGCACAUCUGGCAGGAGCACGACGGCCCUGAUACCGUAUGCCUCCCCCGUUGCAUCAGCAUCUCAGCAUGCCUCGCCUCGUGGUGUGAUUCGGCGGGCUACAACACCGAACGCCUUGUUGCUUUCCGUGGACGACGUGAUGGUUGCAGCUACUGCGUCUAACUCUCACACGGCGUCAAGGUCGGCACUUGGAACCUUUGCAUGGUUUGCGCAGCCUGAGGACGCAACACCACCGCCACAGGCUGUCGUGGACUGUUCACAGCGGCAAGCUGCUCAGAUGCAUGCAGACGGUUCUGAGAAGGGCCGCCAUCACUUUGGUAAUGGAUGGAGGAAGGGCAAAGGCGCUUCCAAGGGCAUGUUCUCUAAGCUGGUAAGGGCGCUAAAGCAGGCUGUUGCUAAAAUUGCUGCAAAGUGAAACGUUCAUGUGCUGGGUUUUUGAGUAGAGAGAGCGUGCCAUGCACAAGGGGGCAGCUGAAUGCGUAUUAAGCGAUGCAUUGCCGGAGGGUCGGUGUCGAGGGAACGAACCGUACAUGACAUGAGAGCUGGCCGUGUUUAUGUUGUUGUGAAGACGGCGGGCAGCAGUGAAAGGUGGUGGCAAAUGCUCUGCACCGUCCCGUUAAAUGGCAAGUGUCCUGCACCGUGCCGUUUAAGCUUGCAUUUCAUGCACCGCAUGUGGUUGACUUGCAGACAUAAACAGCGCAUAGCAUUACAUGUGUGCUGCGCUUGGUGGGGUUGCUAUGUGUGGGCAGCAGGUUUGGAUUGUAUUAGCUCUGAUAAAGGAGUCCUGAUAGACAGGUCGAUCCAGGCAUGCCUAACAUUUGGGUGAAUCCGGAGAGAGCGAAUUACAUGAGAGGUGUCGGACAAGCUAUACAAGAAGGUAACCGUCCUAGGAGUCAGUCCAUGACGAAUUGCCCUAUGCGCCUGGUUGUUAUGGUAUAUAGUUAUUUUAGGGCUCUCAUAUCUGUGGGGCGGGUGUGGUUGCUUACUUGGCAGUUCAAAUGAUGCGAACCAUGGCGAACCCAGAGAACCUGCUGCUGAGAGCAAGCGAAGAACGAGAGACAGAUGAACCUAUCUAUUCUUGAGUGUCGAGGUAGUGUAUGCUUGUGCCGAUCGUCGGAGAGAUCAUGAUGCGCAUAGAAGCAUGGCGUGCAUUGCCGUCGUGUGUGCAAGGCAACCAAGUAUAUGUGGGUGAUAAUGAUUGAAUGAUAGUGCCUUAUCAUGUACUACUGCUCGAUCUCGGCCAUGUUCGGGAGACGGACGGAACGAAAUUGCAACUGGAAUGGGACUGGUGGGCCACAGGUCAGGCCGGGUAUUUUUCGCUUGGUGUCAGCCGGCAUCGUUUCCAGGUGGACAUGUGUUAAAAUAACUGUGGUGGACAUGUGUGUGUGCUUUCAACUGAAUGAACAGUUGUUUAGAUUAUACGGCAGACCAUCCUGACGUGGUGCCUUGCUUGGAGGCGGUACCGGAGUAUGAAGCAUUAGACGAAAGUGUUCGUUCAUGCGACUGGGUUUUUAUUCUUUAGCACGCUGUCUUCACUGUCACAAACAUACUUAGAAGCACGGCAGCGUCACGCUGAGUGCAACGCUACAUGGGUGCUGAGUAUGGGAGGAAGAAAUUUAAACGGGCUACCAGGGGGCUACAACAACUAUUCGUGCCAAACCGGUACGAACAUGACGCUGCACCCUCAACAGACUGGCAGUGCAAUGUAUGUCUUAGCGUGUGCCAGGCACAUGCACAGUAAAUAAUAGCCUUUCAUUUUGGCCUAUAGACUUAGUCGUAGUGCGUGGUUUGUGCUUUAGGGUGCCCUAGGCGAUGGGGCAUUCAGCCACCCUGCCCAUCCUCUUGUGCAGCGGUUCAGCCGUUCGUCUCUUUGGGGCUUUGAUACUGCUCAAGUUUUUUGCUUCGUUGCCUUCACUGCUUUCGCAGUCCUAAAUUGUUUUAUGGCCUGUCAUGUGUAGCGUAUCUUGUUUGAGGUAUGCUGUGUUCCCUUUGCCAAGGCUCAGGAGAACAGGGAACAUGCGUUAGACGCACUGGGUGUACUUCACUGGGGUAUCACAGUAUCAGUAUUAUUGUGCAACGGUGAAGGCUUCAUUGGAGUCGCUGGCGGGCCAUAGCUGCACC